GAUGAAAACAAGAUCAAAGCGAAAGCCAUCAGCAGCAGAUCUUCUAAUCACACCGCCAUCGCCGUCACCUAUUCCGAUCCAAUCUCCAAACGAAUCUCCGAAAAUUUACAAGUUCAGCUUCGCCGCACCUCCAAAUUCCGGCAAAAAACAUGCCGCCGAUCUACCUACCACAAAAUCUCCGGCGUCAAUGAGUAAAUCACUCAUCAGGAUUCCAGAUCUGAGGAACAUCGCAUCAUCUCACAUCGAUUCACUUAAGCGUCAGAUCGAUUGCUCGUAUUCUGAUUUACUCGCCGAGUUCGAUGUUCCUUACUCUCGUUUACAGAAACGAUAUAAGGCUCAAAAUCAAGCAUGUAAAGAAUCCAUGGCUGAAGCUGAAAAGGAUUUCAAGAAGGUGAUUGACCACAUGAGUAAAACUCAUGGCACAUUGGAGGUAUCAUAUAAGGAACUGAUAGGAGGAGCACAGGCCCGAGCUACUCAUUUGUCCAAUACAAGCAUUCCCGAACUCAAGCAAUCUGUGGAAAAAGCCAUUGAUACACUAAGGAGCCAUUAUGGGGCUGUAUCAACUUCAUCAUAGCAUUACCUUAAAUAAUUAGGAUUAGUCCACCUAGGAAGAAGUUAUUCUUGAGGCACUGCAGGUGAAGCAACCGGUUGGUCUAUUGUCUGUUAACUGGUAUAAGUUUUUAGCUAUAUCCGUAGUAUUAUAAAUGUUUUAGACUGAGUAACAAGUGUUAGGAGAACCAAAUUCCGAGUCGUCUUACUUACAUUUCUUGUGAAUAAGCCAUGCGUGCAUGUUCUUCAGAAUGGGGAAAAUAUUACAAUUGUUA